AUGGCCGACAGCGAGUUCAGUCGGUACCAUUAUGAAUUGGGACGUUCGGGAGGACAGUCGUUGCACGAUUUUGGACCAGUCGAAUUGGCUUACGUGUCCGACGAAGAUGCGGUCGAUGAUGAAGAAUUGUUAACAAGGUACCGUCGAGAAGCGGAUGAGAAGCCAGAUCCUGCAACCGAGCGAAUCUCACGGGGGCAACAAUUGCAACAGCAACAGUCGCAGCAACAGCAGCAGUCGCAGCAAUCGCAGUCGCAGCCACAGCCGCAACCGCAGCAACAACAACCGCAGACGGUUGUGAAUGCGUCGAAUGUACCAACGAACGAUGGAUACGACUAUCUGACGGAUUAUCCGACAGAAUCGACGGUUCCUACGUCAUCUCCAUCGUCGACAACAGUUUCGUCAGGCGAACAAGGACUUGUGACGCCUACCCUUAGAUUGGACAAACCGGAGACUUCAACGCCGAUAGUAUCGAUCUACGGAAAGAAUUCUUCCACCAAAGAACCGGUUCCAUCGGCAAUUCCGGGAGGUAAAGCUAACUCUAUCAAUGUAACUACCGACGCUAAGAAAAAUUCGACGAAGGGCGCAGAGUCUGUGCCGGAAUCAACGGACAACAAAGAUGAUUCCGAUGGCAGUAUCGGAGACAUAUCUAUCAGCAGGUUUUCGGACUUAUCCAACAAAACUUUGUCCCAGCACAAUAUCACGAAAAUGGAGUAUGACACGCAUCAAUAUUACAACAGCACGUUCAUCAUCGAUGAAGCUGUAGGGAAAAAAUUCUGGGUGGAUAUAAAUAAUCAUCCAGAUUUGAAGGUCAAUUACUUACUUAGUCAAAGUCACCGUCGAGCAGCGACGGUGAAAUUGAAAUUCGAUUUCCCUUUCUACGGUCACAAAGUUCGUAACAUCACCAUCGCCACCGGAGGAUUUUUGUACACCGGGGAGUACGUUCACAGUUGGCUAGCCGCCACACAAUAUAUCGCACCAUUAAUGGCAAAUUUCGACACGCGACUAUCUAAUGAUAGUUAUGUGAAAUAUGUCGAUAACGGAACGGCGUUCACGGUUGUAUGGGAGAAGGUGGUAUUGCAAGACAAACCUGAGACAGGGGCAUUCACGUUUCAAGUGACUUUGCAUCAAAACGGUGACAUCGUCUUUGUAUACUCGGUGAUCCCUCUGAUGGUAGAGCAUAUCAAAGAUACAGCGCAUCCUGUUAAAGUUGGAUUAAGCGAUGCUUAUAUCAUGGACAGAAUAGUGUUCUUUGUUCGCAGAAAAACGAUUUACGAAUAUCAUCGCGUGAACUUUAAUCAGCAGGACAUUAAGAAUUGGACAGUGAUUUAUCUACAUGCACUGCCUACCUGUUUAGAAAUGGAUAAUUGCAGAGACUGUUUGACAAAACUAAAAGGCUUCGACUGCAAAUGGUGUUCAGAACUGAAUCAAUGCAGCACCGGAACAUCUAGAUCGCGACAAGAUUGGCUGUUGAGAGGUUGCGAUGUUCGAAUGAUAAAAGCAAUUGACAAUUGCCCGUUACCAACUACGACAUGCAAGGAACACCUCGACGAAUAUAAUCACAUUUUACGCAUGCAUUCGGGAGAGACUGUUACCGUUAGUGAAAUGAAUGCGAAGCAAGAGAAACCUGGAUCGAGUCCUCUAGAGCGUUCUCGGGACAAUAUGAACAUGGGAGUUUCAGGAAUUAUUGGAAUUCUCCUUGUAAUUGGUUUAGUCGUAGGUUUAGCCGCGUGGGCUGCGUAUGCUUACCGCAAUCCUCAUAGUACGUCCGGACAAAUGUUAAUUAGGUAUCGACCAAGCCAAUGGAGUUGGCGAAGAGGAGAAGCACGUUAUACAGCAGCAACGAUUCACAUGUAGAAAUAUGUAAUCGAAACGCAAUCAGCAAUUAGUACAGAACUAUCGGACCAAACUUCCUAUUAAAUAUACACCGUAUUAAGUCUGCAAGUUUAUGUACAGAAUCGUUAGCCUGCAAUUACGCACGUGUCGCUUUAUUAAUUGCCAUAUGUCAAUAUAUGAUACUUAUUUGUUGAUAUUAACGUAAAAUAACAUGUCCGAUUAUUACCGAUAUACAAGGGAUCGGAAAUCGUAGUACAACCAGGCAAGCGGUAAUUCUACAUGAAAAAAUAAGAGAACAAUUUGAUAUAACAUUUUUUCAUCCGAGACUUUGUUUACGAGAAACUUAGGCAUAUAAUAAAUUAAUUAAAACA